UGCAUAACAUCUAUGUGGAAAUUUAAAUAUGAUCAUGGCAAUGUAACAGAUUUAUUAAAUGGACUAUCUUUUGUUGGAGCAAUACUUUUGCUCUGCAUUGGAUUUAUUAAGGGAAGUGAAUGUGAUGAGACAUGUUAUAAGCCUUUACAAGAUGGAAUUACUCCAUUUGCAAAUGCUGGAUUUCUUGGGAAUUUGUCAUUUUGGUGGUUGAAUCCACUAAUGAAGAAAGGUAAGAAUAAGAUUCUUGAGGACGAAGACGUUCCUCAUCUAAGAUCAGCCGAUGGAGCAGGAACAUGUUUUGAUCAGUUCAAUGAGAAAGUGGAUAUGCUUAAAAGAAAAGACCCUUUAGGAAAACCUUCUAUAUUAAUGGCAAUACUCCUCUGCCACAAAAAAUCUAUCCUGAUAUCGGGGGUGUUUGCUCUAAUUAAGGUCUUAACGCUGACAACAGGACCGUUGUUUCUUCAUACGUUCAUCGAGGUUGCUGAAGGAAGAGAAUCCUUUAAGUAUGAAGGAUUUGCUCUAACAGCUGGCUUUUUCCUUGCCAAAUGCUUGGAAUCUUUAGCGGAGAGGCAAUGGCUCUUCAGAAGUAGACUGAUUGGACUACAAGUAAAAUCUUCACUCACUGCAGCUAUAUUUCACAAACAACUCCAUGUCUUAAAUGCUGCAAAGAAAACUCAUUCCCCUGGCCAGGUAAUGAACUAUGUCACUGUGGAUGCUCAUAAAAUAGGUGAAUUCCCCUUUUGGUUUCAUCAGAUAUGGACGACAUUUCUUCAGCUCGUCCUAGUGUUAUGUGUAAUGUACUAUUCUAUAGGGGUAGCUGCAUCAGCAGCAUUAGUGAUUGUAAUAGUAACUGUAGUAGCGAAUUCCCCGUUAUCCAAGUUGCAGCUUAAGUAUCAGACUAACCUCAUGAUAGCACAAGAUAAAAGGCUAAAGGCAAUCACGGAAGCACUCGCGCAUAUGAAGGUUCUCAAGCUAUAUUCUUGGGAGAAACAUUUCAUGGACGCGAUAAGCAAGUUGAGAUCAGAAGAAACCAAGUGGCUUUCAUUUGUACAAACACAAAAAGGAUACUACCUCGUCCUGUUUUGGUCAUCUCCUAUUCUGGUCUCAUCUGCAACUUUUGUAGCUUGUUACUUGUUUGGAGUUCCUCUUCAUGUCACCAAUGUUUUCACAUUUCUAGCCUCUAUAAACCUUGUUCAGCAGCCUAUUAGAAAUCUCCCUGAUGUUGUUGGGGCAUUUAUUGAAGCAAAGGUUUCGCUGUCGAGGAUUGUGAAAUUUCUUGAGGAACCUGACAUGCAUACAAGGGAUAUGAAGAAGAAAAGGCAAGAUGAUGUGAACAUUUGUAUAAACUGCACUGAUGUUUCUUGGGAGAUGAAUACUUUAAAGCCUACGUUAAACGACAUAAAUCUCGAUAUUAAAAAUGGUGAAAAACUAGCUGUAUGCGGUGAAGUUGGCUCAGGGAAAUCUACCCUCUUGUCUCUGAUUCUUGGAGAAGUUCCAUACAUCAAUGGCACAGUUGAUGUUUAUGGAAAGAUAGCUUAUGUUUCACAGACAGCAUGGAUUCAGACAGGGACCAUACAAGAAAACAUCCUAUUUGGAUCAAAUAUGGAACCAAAAAGAUAUCGGCAAGCUAUAGAAAGGAGUUCACUGGUGAAAGACUUGGAGAUGCUUCCAUUUGGUGAUCUUACUGAGAUAGGAGAAAGAGGUAACAAUUUGAGUGGAGGGCAAAAGCAAAGGGUUCAACUUGCUCGUGCCCUCUAUCAGGAUGCACAUAUUUACCUCUUGGAUGAUCCAUUUAGUGCUGUAGACGCACAUACCUCGACCAAUCUGUUUAAUGAUUACGUCAUGGGUGCUCUAUCAGGAAAAACUGUGCUGCUGGUAACACACCAAGUUGAAUUUCUUCCAGCAUUUGAUUCUAUUUUG